GCGGCAACAUGGCGGUGACAGCAGCACAGACACCAAGACGCGCAUUGAGAGAGCGGCACUCUCACAUACACAGAGCGGGUCAGUCUGCUCAGUUAACCGGCUGGCACCCACAACACAGCGGACUCUCUUACCGGGACUCUCCGGAUUGGAUUUAACUGACAGAGUGAUUUCUUGCUUCUGUGUUUGUUUUUCACGGUUUCGCGAGUGGUUCCUCUCUUUCAUUUAUUUUUGAUCUCCAGAGCAGUGGUUGGAUUUAUUGAAAGGAGAUAGCGUGUGACCGGUUUAUAGCCGCCCGGUUUGGGUGGAAAUGACAAGCGAGAGACCGGUGACAAUGCCCGGCUCGAUGUCGCUCUCGGACCGACAACCUCCCCCAGGUCACAGGCAAUACGGAGCUGCAGUCUCCGCUGCCGCCGGGGAGACAACGAUGAUGUCCGGCUCAGGUUCAGUGAUGUUCCCGGCUGGGGUUAUCAAUCCAUCGGUUCCAAUCCGGAAUAUCAAAAUGAAAUUUGCUGUUGUCAUCGGACUGAUCCAGGUUGGAGAGGUUAACAACAGGGAUAUUGUUGAAACGGUGCUGAAUUUGUUGGUGGGUGGUGAGUUUGAUCUGGAGACCAACUUCAUUAUCCAAGAUGCAGAAAGCAUCGGCUGCAUGGUGGAGCUGUUGGGCCACUGUGACGUCACCUGCCAGGCUGAGAUCUGGAGCAUGUUCACUGCUGUCCUUCGGAAAAGUGUUCGAAACCUGCAGACGAGCACUGAGGUGGGCCUCAUCCAGCAGGUGCUGCUCAGAAUGAGCUCGGUGGACGACAUGAUUGCAGACUUGCUAGUGGACAUGCUGGGAGUGCUGGCCAGCUACAGCAUCACAGUGAAGGAACUGAAAUUGCUCUUCAGCAUGCUACGCGGAGAAGGCAACCUCUGGCCAAAGCAUGCAGUCAAAAUGCUGUCGGUGCUGAAUCAGAUGCCCCAGAGACACGGUCCCAAUGCCUUCUUCAACUUUCCUGGACGCAGUGCAGCGGCCAUUGCUUUACCUCCUAUUGCCAAGUGGCCUUAUCAAAAUGGGUUUACAUUCAAUACCUGGUUCAGGAUGGAUCCCUUGAAUAACAUCAAUGUUGACAAGGACAAACCAUAUCUCUACUGCUUUCGGACCAGCAAGGGCAUCGGGUACUCUGCACAUUUUGUUGGGAACUGCUUGAUCGUCACAUCACUGAAGUCGAAAGGAAAAGGCUUCCAGCAUUGUGUGAAGUAUGACUUUCAGCCCAGGAAGUGGUACAUGAUCAGUAUAGUUCACAUCUACAGCCGCUGGAGGAACAGUGAAAUCAGAUGCUAUGUCAAUGGACAGCUCGUUUCUUAUGGAGACAUGGCAUGGCACGUCAACACGAAUGAUAGUUACGAUAAGUGCUUCCUCGGGUCCUCAGAGACAGCCGACGCUAACAGAGUAUUCUGCGGGCAGCUAGGAGCCGUCUACGUGUUCAGUGAAGCCCUCAAUCCAGCACAGAUCUUUGCAAUUCAUCAGCUAGGAUCAGGCUAUAAGAGCACGUUUAAGUUUAAGUCGGAGAGCGACAUUCACUUAGCAGAGCAUCACAAGCAGGUGUUGUAUGACGGUAAGCUGGCCAGCUCCAUCGCCUUCACCUAUAACGCCAAGGCCACUGACGCCCAGCUCUGCCUACAGUCCUCGCCUAAGGAAAAUCCCUCCAUCUUUGUGCACUCACCACACGCUCUUAUGCUACAGGAUGUAAAAGCCACGGGGACUCACUCCAUCCACAGUGCCAUCCAUUCCAUCGGUGGGAUACAGGUGCUCUUCCCGCUCUUCGCUCAGCUGGACUACCAUCAGCUGAAUGACAGCCAGGUGGAGCCCACUGUAUGCGCCACUCUCCUGGCCUUUCUGGUUGAGCUGCUCAAGAGCUCUGUGGCCAUGCAGGAGCAGAUGCUGGGAGGGAAGGGCUUCUUGGUGAUUGGAUACCUGCUAGAGAAGUCAUCACGUGUACACAUCACCAGGGCUGUAUUAGAGCAAUUCCUCUCCUUUGCAAAAUAUCUGGACAGUCUGACACACGGGGCCCCCCUGCUGAAGCAGCUGUGUGACCACAUCCUGUUCAAUGCAGCCAUCUGGAUCUACACCCCUGCCAAGGUACAGCUCUCUUUGUACACAUACCUUUCUGCAGAGUUCAUUGGCACGGCAACCAUCUACAACACCAUUCGUCGAGUGGGCACGGUGCUGCAGCUCAUGCACACGCUAAAGUAUUACCACUGGGCCGUCAACCCUGCCGACAGCAGCGGCAUCACACCAAAGGGUCUAGAUGGUCCGAGGCCGACCCAGAAAGAAAUAGUUUCUCUGCGGGCAUUCAUGCUUCUUUUCCUCAAGCAACUCAUCCUGAAGGACCGAGGUGUGAAGGAGGAUGAGCUGCAGAGCAUCCUGAACUAUUUGUUAACAAUGCAUGAGGAUGAGAAUCUGCAUGAUGUGUUGCAGUUGGUGGUAGCCCUCAUGUCUGAGCAUCCAGCCUCCAUGAUCCCUGCUUUUGACCAGAGAAAUGGAAUACGAGUAAUCUACAAGCUCAUGGCCUCGAAGAGUGAAAGCAUUCGAGUGCAAUCCCUCAAAGUCCUUGGCUACUUCCUGAAGCAUUUAGGCCACAAGAGGAAGGUGGAGAUCAUGCACACACACAGCCUCUUCACUCUGCUGGGAGAGAGGCUCAUGGUGCACACCAGCACUGUGACGGUGACGGUCUACAACACCCUGUACGAGAUUCUGACAGAGCAGGUGUGCACACAGGUAGUUCACAAACCUCAUCCCGAGCCCGACUCCACUGUCAAGAUUCAGAACCCAAUGAUUCUCAAGGUGGUAGCCACCCUAUUGAAGAACUCCGCCCCCAGUACAGAGCUGAUGGAGGUUCGGAGGCUCUUCCUUUCAGACAUGAUCAAACUGUUCAGUAACAGCCGAGAGAACAGACGGUGCCUGCUUCAGUGUUCCGUGUGGCAGGACUGGAUGUUUUCUCUCUGCUUCAUCAACCCUAAGAACUCUGACGAACAGAAGAUCACUGAGAUGGUGUACAACAUAUUUCGUAUUCUACUCUACCAUGCCAUCAAGUAUGAGUGGGGAGGAUGGCGUGUGUGGGUGGACACGCUCUCUAUAGCCCACUCUAAGGUGACAUAUGAGGCCCAUAAAGAAUACUUGGCUAAGAUGUAUGAAGAGUACCAGCGGCAGGAAGAGGAGAAUAUCAAAAAAGGAAGGAAGGGCUUGGUCAGCACCAUCUCUGGUCUCUCUGAGCAGGCUUCUGGCAUCAAUGGUGUAGUGGAUAUCAGAGAAAUGGACGAUUGCUCCCAUACACCUGAGAGUGAGAAGGACGAUGAGAGUGUGGACUCUCGCAUUCUGCUGGCUGAAGGGAAGGGGCAUGAGGAGCGUAUGGUAGAUGGAGUUAGCGUCGACGUUCAUGACCUUCUGGUGGACAUCAAAGCCGAGAAGGUUGAGGCUACGGAGGUAAAGCUGGACGAUAUAGAAACUCUGGGAGUAUCCGAGAAUGGAGCACUGGUGGAAGUGGAUUCUCUGUUGGAUAAUGUUUAUUGUGCUGCCGCAGUAAAGCUCAGGGGCGGCCUGGAUGACCACAAUGCAGCCCCCCUAAUUACUCUAGAUGAUGACAAGGACAGUGUCCCUCACAGCAACUUUCUGUUUGGCAAGGUGGCAGGUAGCAUGGUGGACAAGCUUCUGCCUGAUCUGAGUACAGCUGAGCCUCUGGUCCUGCCAAGCACACAGCCCAGAGUGCACACCAGCGCCAGUGAUGAACUCGGCCUCCUCGCUCGCAUGACAGGCCGCUCUGAGCUUGGCUCCUUACCCAGCAUCCUGGAGAAUGAUGAGUUUGAACUACAGGCCGCCUUGGAGGGCAUCAGCCCUGUGGCUGGUUCUGGGAAUGAAACCUCCUCCAAAUGCCCAGAGGUCACUGAGGGUACAGAUGCAGCAGAAACUGAAGGGAACCCCUCAACUGUGAAGAGUAGCAGCGCAGCAGACACAACAAGCUACACUUCUGACACAGAGAGAUCCGGCAAAGACAAGGAGGCGAGGAAGAUUCAGACGACAGCCACCACACAGAAUCUACACGGCCACCUUGCCAAUUCGAUGGAGAGGGACAUAUGUGCGGACAUUGGUUUCCGGGGGACGCCCCUCACAGAGGAACAGCGGCGGCAGUUCAGCCCCGGCCCACGCACAACCAUGUUCCGCAUCCCAGAGUUUAAAUGGUCAGCCAUGCACCAGAGGCUACUCACUGACCUGCUGUUUGCUCUGGAGAGUGACGUCCACGUCUGGAGGAGCCACUCCACAAAAUCUGUCAUGGACUUUGUUAACAGCAAUGAGAACAUUAUUUUUGUCCACAACACCAUCCACCUCAUCUCACAAAUGGUAGACAACAUCAUCAUCGCCUGUGGAGGGAUCUUACCCCUUCUCUCAGCGGCUACCUCUCCCACUACGGAGUUGGAGAACAUCGAGGCAACUCAGGGCAUGUCCUCUGAGACGGCCAUCACUUUCCUGUCGCGUCUCAUGGUGAUGGUAGACGUGUUGGUUUUCUCCAGCUCCCUUAACUUCAGUGAGAUCGAGGCGGAGAAGAACAUGUCCUCUGGCGGCCUGAUGCGUCAGUGCCUCAGACUUGUGUGUUGUGUGGCUGUAAGGAACUGUCUCGAGUGCAGGCAGAGACACAGAGACAGGGGAAAUAAGUCUUCCAUUCACAACAACAACAAACCUCAGGAAAUCCUGCAGAAUGCCUUGACUUGCAACAAGACAGCCAUAGAGACUGUCCCUAGUAACUUGUCUCCCAUCAAGGACCCUGAUCGCCUCUUGCAGGAUGUGGACAUCAAUCGACUGCGCGCUGUGGUCUUUCGUGAUGUGGAUGACAGUAAGCAAGCCCAGUUCCUGGCUUUAGCUGUGGUGUACUUCAUCUCUGUCCUUAUGGUCUCCAAGUACCGCGACAUCCUGGAGCCCCAACGGGAGACGGCCAGAAUAAGCCAAUCAGGUCGCAGCAUGCGUCAGGAGAUCAACUCACCUACCAGCACAGAAACUUCCCUAGCAUUUGACAGCAGUAAAGACCAUCCCGCACAAUCAGACCUCCACCUGGAAAGCUCACUUCCCCGCACAGACUCUGGUAUCGGAGAGGAGCAGCUAGCCAGCAUCAUAAACGGCUCUGAUCUGGAGCACAGCACAGGAGUGCUCAUUUCUACACUCUCCUCAGAGGUGAAAAAGUCUCAGGAGAGUCUGUCUGACUCACCCAGCGUGGGGAUUCUGAAACCGCCCUCCUCCAUCCUCAGCAUUAGCCAGCCCAAAAAGGGCAUCAAUGUGAAGGAGAUUCUGAAAAGCCUGGUGGCCUCUCCAGUAGAGGGCAUGGAGGCUGGGCUGGAGCCCCUGUCCUACCCAGACCCUGCUGCAAACCCCCAGGCCCAGGCCAUGCUGCCCAUGCAGUUCCACUCCUUUGACAGGAGUGUGGUGGUGCCUGUGAAGAAAACCUCCCCUGGCAGCCUAGCAGUUAACACAGGGGGAGGCAGCAGCAGCACCUCUGCUGGGCUGACAGCUGGCAGCACCCCGAACAUCUUUGCUGCUGCCUCUGUGACCCCCAAAAGCAUGAUCAACACCACGGGAGCCACGGAGGCAGCCCCCUCUUCUUCCUCUUCCUCCAGUUUUGUCAACGGAGCCACCAGUAGGAAUCUCCCGGCCGUGCAGACGGUGGCACCCAUGCCUGAAGACACAGAAGAAAGCAUGAGCGCCUUUUGUGAAGUGGACCAGUGUCCACUACGCCAGGGACAGACCCCUCCCGAGCUCAAACCCUUUAGCUCCCUGACAGGAUUACAAGCAGCCUCCAGGGAUGCAGGCCAGUGUCUUAGCAUAACUACAAAGCUGGAGAGGGCCUUGGAGAAGGUGGCUCCCCUGCUGAGAGAGAUCUUCGUGGACUUUGCGCCCUUCCUGUCGCGCACCCUGCUGGGAAGCCAUGGGCAGGAGCUGCUCAUAGAAGGCACAGGUCUGGUGUGUAUGAAGUCAAGCACCUCAGUGGUGGAGCUCGUCAUGCUGCUUUGUUCUCAGGAAUGGCAGAACUCCAUUCAGAAGAACGCUGGCCUGGCUUUCAUUGAGCUCAUCAACGAAGGAAGGUUGCUAUGCCAUGCCAUGAAGGACCACAUAGUGCGGGUUGCCAACGAGGCCGAGUUCAUCCUGAACCGUCAGCGAGCAGAGGACGUCCACAAACACGCAGAUUUCGAGUCCAACUGUGCCCAAUAUGCUGCUGACAGAAAAGAAGAAGAGAAGAUGUGCGAUCACCUGAUCAGUGCUGCCAAACACAGAGACCACGUGACGGCCAACCAGUUAAAGCAGAAAAUCGUCAACAUCCUCACCAACAAGCAUGGUGCCUGGGGGACCCUGGCUCAGAGUCAGCUGCAUGACUUCUGGCGUCUCGACUACUGGGAAGAUGACCUGCGGCGGAGGCGGAGAUUUGUCAGAAAUCCAUUUGGCUCCACCCACUUAGAUGUCACAUGCAAAUCACUGAAGGAAAAUGGCACAGAGGAGGACCAGGUGGUCAAGUCUAAGAAAGUCUUCCGCAUCCAAACUGCGGCCAUCCAGAACCCUGAGACCGAGCUGAUGCUGGAGGGAGACGAAGAUGCCGUCAGCCUGCUGCAGGAGAAGGAGAUGGACAACAUGGGCGGCCCAGUGGUCCUGAACAGCCCGGCCCAGCUUGUUGCCCCCGUCCUGGUGGCCCGGGGGACUCUGUCCAUCACCACCACUGAAAUCUACUUCGAGGUGGACGAGGAUGACCCUGCCUUCAAAAGGGUCGACUCUAAGGUUUUAGCAUACACUGAGGGUUUACAUGGUAAGUGGAUGUUCAGUGAGAUUCGGGCGGUAUUCUCUCGACGCUAUCUACUUCAGAACACAGCGAUGGAGGUCUUUAUGGCCAACAGAACAUCAGUCAUGUUCAACUUUCCUGACCAGGCCACGGUAAAGAAAGUGGUCUAUAGUCUUCCUCGAGUGGGAGUGGGCACCAGCUAUGGACUCCCGCAAGCAAGGCGCAUCUCCAUGGCCACCCCUCGGCAGCUUUUCAAGUCCUCCAACAUGACCCAGCGCUGGCAGAGGAGAGAGAUCUCUAACUUUGAGUACCUCAUGUUUCUCAACACUAUCGCAGGGAGGACAUACAAUGACCUGAACCAGUACCCGGUCUUUCCCUGGGUCCUCACCAACUACGACUCAGAGGAGCUGGACCUGACCUUGCCAGGGAACUUCAGAGAUCUCUCAAAGCCUAUUGGUGCUCUGAAUCCAAAGCGUGCAGCAUUCUACGCUGAGCAUUAUGAGACCUGGGAAGACGACCAGACGCCACCUUGUCAUUACAACUCCCACUACUCCACAGCUGCCUCCUCCCUGCACUGGCUUGUCAGAAUAGAGCCUUUCACCACAUUCCUCUUUAGUACCAAUAACGACAAGUUCGACCACCCUGACCGCACCUUUUCAGCCAUCGCCCGCUCUUGGAGAAACUGUCAGAGGGACAUCUCGGAUGUAAAGGAACUGAUUCCUGAGUUCUACUACCUCCCGGAGAUGUUUGUUAACAGCAACGGCUACCACCUGGGAAUGAGGGAGGACAGGACCAUGGUUUGUGACGUGGAAUUGCCAGCCUGGGCCAAGAAGCCUGAAGACUUGGUUAGGAUCAACAGGAUGGCCCUGGAAAGCGAGUUUGUGUCAUGUCAGCUGCAUCAGUGGAUUGACCUUAUUUUCGGCUACAAGCAGCGAGGCCCGGAGGCGGUGCGUGCCCUCAACGUCUUUCACUACCUGACUUACGAGAACUCCGUCAAGCUGGACAGUAUCACUGACCCUUUGAUCAGAGAGGCCACAGAGGCACAGAUCCAGAGCAUUGGACAGACGCCAUCUCAGUUGCUUAUUGAGCCACAUCCUCCACGCAGCUCUGCCAUGCACCUUUGUUUUCUUCCACAGAGUCCUCUCAUGUUCAAGGACCAGCUGCAGCAGGAUGUCAUCAUGGUGUUGAAGUUUCCAUCCAAUUCUCCUGUAACUCAUGUGGCCGCCAACACUCUGCCCCAUCUCAGCAUCCCCGCUGUAGUCACUGUUACCUGCAGCCGAGUAUUUGCCGUCAACCGAUGGCACAACACUGUUGGUCUCCGAGGAGCACCAGGCUACUCUCUUGAGCAGGCCCAUCACCUUCCUAUAGAGAUGGAUUCUCUGGUUGCCAACAAUACAGGAAGCAACAAGCGUCAGAUCACAGAUUUAGUGGACCAGAGCAUCCAAAUCACCACGCACUGUUUCGUGGUGACAGCUGACAACCGUUACAUACUGGUGUGUGGCUUCUGGGACAAGAGCUUUCGUGUGUACUCCUCAGAGACAGGCAAGCUGACCCAGAUAGUUUUUGGACACUGGGACGUGGUGACAUGUCUGGCCAGAUCAGAGUCUUACAUCGGGGGAGACUGCUACAUCGUGUCUGGGUCCAGGGAUGCUACACUGCUGCUGUGGUAUUGGAGCGGACGGCACCAUAUUAUUGGCGACAACCCCAAUAACAGUGACUACCCAGCUCCACGAGCAGUUUUGACGGGUCAUGACCAAGAAGUUGUGUGUGUGGCAGUCUGCGCUGAGCUGGGCCUGGUCAUCAGCGGAGCCAAAGAGGGCCCAUGUCUGGUCCACACCAUCACAGGGGACCUGCUGCGGGCUCUGGAGGGGCCAGAGUACUAUCAGUGCCCACGGCUUAUCUCAGUAUCUAGUGAGGGCCACUGCAUCAUAUACUACGAGAGGGGCCGCUUCUGCAACUUCAGCAUUAAUGGAAAAUUGCUGGCACAGCUGGAGGUCAAUGACUCCACCAGGGCUAUUCUCCUGAGCAGUGAUGGCCACAACCUGGUGACAGGUGGAGACAAUGGCGUGGUGGAGGUGUGGCAGGCCUGUGACUUCAAACAGCUCUAUGUCUACCCUGGCUGUGAUGCUGGCGUCCGAGCCAUGGACCUGUCACAUGAUCAAAGGACUUUGAUCACAGGGAUGGCGUCUGGCAGUAUCGUGGCAUUUAACAUUGAUUUCAACCGGUGGCACUACGAGCAUCAAAACAGGUACUGAGGAGAGACACGCAGCAGGAGCCUAGUGUGGAGGGUUAAGAAGGAUGCUUACCAACCAGAGACUGAGCUGAGACAUCCAGUGGGCUGCAGGACAUCACCAUGGUGACACUUAUAAAGGACAAAGUGUGCUUACAUGUGUUCAUCUGGCCUCUGAAGGAACUUGGGAACCGUCUUUUCCAGGAGAAUUUGAAUGAAUUUGCUGUUGGUUUUCAGGUGUUACAUGAGCAGCAGCCGUCAACUUCCCCCACUGUGUUUAGCAGAUCUGUUGUGCUGAGCAUGAGAGACUGAGAUGAACUUUAUAACAUAAACAAACACAUGAUGUAAGCUUUUAAGUUGCUGUUCUGAACUGUGAAGAUGCAAAACAAAAUGAAUCCUCUGUAAGGAGCAUUUAUACAACAUUUGUAUGGCAGAUACAUAUCUCACUAGGAACACUUUUCUAGAGGUGAACCUGUGAUGUAAAUAUGGACAGUGUAAAUUGUUUCUUCCCUGUAAAGACUGAUAAAGAUCUGAAUGCUGUUAGACUAGCCACCAUGUUGCCAUCUUUUUCAUCAUGCGAGCCAUGUGUAAAUGUUCUAAAUGUCUCCAUUGAACAUCAGAUAUUCGUUGGUUGUAAUACGUAUGUAUGGCCCCUUGUUUGCUCAUUGUUAGAACAGUGGCCGUGUGUGUGUGUGUGUGUGUGUGUGUGUGUGUGUGUGUGUGUGUGUGUGUGUGUGUGUGUGUGUGUGUGUGUGUGUGUGUGUGUGUGUGUGUGUGUGUGUGUGUGUGAAAAGACUAAAUGUUCAUUUGUUGUUUGAUCGUCUUUAUGGAAAAAAGUUUAAAAUCCGUGUGAGCGUAGUCCUUUGUGAAAUACUUGAUUUUCAUAAUGUCAGUGUAAAGGAUAAUUGUGAUAUUUUCCAUAUUCACUUUAAAUUUAAGACAAUUUCAUUAUAAAUGGCAAAUAAUGUAAUUUACUGUGGGUUCCUAAAAUAUUUUCACGCGGGACAUUUGAAAAAGCUGUAAUCAAUGUUUGUUUUGUUGUUUCCUGUUCUCCCUGACAGAUUUGUAUCUCAUGACUGUUUAAGGUGUUUGGUAAAGACGAUUAAAAGGACGUGAGGUUUUAAAAGACUACAAUGCUGGCAAUGCAAUCAUUAGUCCUGUUACUUCAGCAUAUCAGUUUUAAGUAUUCCUAUUUUUGAAAAAAAGGUUUGCUUGUCCAUAUUAAAUCUGUGUAUUCAUGACCAUCAGUCCGUGCUGCAAAUCAGUGCAUUGGUAAGCAAUAUUAUGACAUGUGUUUCAGCUGCGACAAAAAACGGAUCUAAUAAUGAACAUGAUAAUGUUCCAAAAAUGACUAUAGUCUAUUUUUGUUGAUAAAUGAGAAGUCUGUCCCUGUGAGCUGACAAAUUAAAAUUAACAAAAUAUGCAAAUAGAUUUUUGAGUUAGCAUUCUGAUUUUUCUAGUGGGUCUACCAGACACCAAACUACCUUCUCCCGAAAUAAUUUCCUCCUAAAAUAUUCUGAAUCUAAAAUUAGUUUGACAAAUUUUUGAAAUAUAGCCGUUCACUUCAAAUUUCAUGUAUCAUUUAUUUCAAGUUAAGUUAUGAUUCAUAUUUUUUAUUUUAAAAGGGUAGGAUAUCUUUGAUGCUUAUGAAAUCAUAAAAAUGUAUCAUUGUAAAA